AACGCGCCUCGGAGGAGGGCUGGAGAAGGGGACUCCCGAAAGCGGGAGGCUUGCGUUACGUAGUUGAGAUAUAUCCGAGCUGCUAAGUUACAAGGGGGUGGGGGCUGUCCUAUUUUGCCACCUUGGAGAUGUGGAGGGAGCUGGGGUUUUGUGACGGAGACCUGGAUAGCUGGGACUGGCCGCGGAACGCGAGGCCGGGGCGGGACGGGGGCGGAGCGGGCGCUGCGCUGACUGCCGCGGCAGAAAGGGGGCGGCCGCGCCCAUUUCCUCUGCUCCGCCGCGGCCGGAGGGAUCCGCAUCGGCGAGCUGCGACUCCCGGGUGUCGGCCCCGGCGGCUCCCCGACCGUGCCCGGCUGUGGCAAGGCGGCUCCGGCCCAACCUGUGGCAGCCGCGACCCCCGAGGCGCUCCGGAGCUCACUGCGCGGCGCGCGUGCCGGCUGCCUGCAUGGACGCGGCACUGAAGCGGAGCCGCUCGGAGGAGCCAGCCGAGCUCCUGCCGCCUGCCCGGGACGAGGAGGAGGAGGAGGAAGAGGGGAUGGAGCAGGGGCUGGAGGAGGAAGAAGAGGUGGAUCCCCGGAUCCAGGGAGAACUGGAGAAGUUAAAUCAGUCCACGGAUGAUAUCAACAGACGGGAGACUGAACUUGAGGAUGCUCGUCAGAAGUUCCGCUCUGUUCUGGUUGAAGCAACGGUGAAACUGGACGAACUGGUGAAGAAAAUUGGCAAAGCUGUGGAAGACUCCAAGCCCUACUGGGAGGCACGGAGGGUGGCAAGGCAGGCUCAGCUGGAAGCUCAGAAAGCCACGCAGGACUUCCAGAGGGCCACGGAGGUGCUCCGCGCCGCCAAGGAGACCAUCUCCCUGGCCGAGCAGCGGCUGCUGGAGGAUGACAAGCGGCAGUUCGACUCCGCCUGGCAGGAGAUGCUGAAUCACGCCACUCAGAGGGUCAUGGAGGCGGAACAGACCAAGACCAGGAGCGAGCUGGUGCAUAAGGAGACGGCAGCCAGGUACAAUGCCGCCAUGGGCCGCAUGCGACAGCUGGAGAAGAAACUCAAGAGAGCCAUCAACAAGUCCAAGCCUUAUUUUGAACUCAAGGCAAAGUACUACGUGCAGCUCGAGCAACUGAAAAAGACUGUGGACGACCUGCAGGCCAAACUGACCCUGGCAAAAGGCGAAUAUAAGAUGGCCCUGAAGAACCUGGAGAUGAUCUCAGAUGAGAUCCACGAGCGGCGGCGCUCCAGUGCCAUGGGGCCUCGGGGAUGCGGUGUUGGUGCUGAGGGCAGCAGCACAUCUGUGGAGGAUCUGCCAGGGAGCAAACCUGAGCCUGAUGCCAUUUCUGUGGCCUCGGAGGCCUUUGAAGAUGACAGCUGUAGCAACUUUGUGUCUGAAGAUGACUCGGAAACCCAGUCUGUGUCCAGCUUUAGUUCAGGACCAACAAGCCCGUCUGAGAUGCCUGACCAGUUCCCUGCGGUUGUGAGGCCUGGCAGCCUGGAUCUGCCCAGCCCUGUGUCCCUGUCAGAGUUUGGGAUGAUGUUCCCAGUGUUGGGCCCUCGAAGUGAAUGCAGCGGGGCCUCCUCCCCUGAAUGUGAAGUAGAACGAGGAGACAGGGCAGAAGGGGCAGAGAAUAAAACAAGUGACAAAGCCAACAACAACCGGGGCCUCAGCAAUAGCAGUGGCAGUGGUGGCAGCAGUAAGAGCCAAAGCAGCAUCUCCCCUGAGGGCCAGGCCUUGGAGAACCGGAUGAAGCAGCUCUCCCUACAGUGCUCAAAGGGAAGAGAUGGAAUUAUUGCUGACAUAAAAAUGGUGCAGAUUGGCUGAUUCAUCUUGGGCCCUGGCCCAUGUGCAUAUCAACAUUUAUACAUGGAACUGGAGAACAUUGUGCCAAUAAUCAUUUAAUAUAUGCCAAAUCUUACACGUCUACUCUGAACUGCUCUAAUGAAGUUUCAGUGACCUUGAGGGCUAAAGAUUGUUCUUCUGGGUAAGAGCUCUUGGGCUGGUUUUUCAGAGCAGAGUUGUUGUUGCGGGUAGACUGUGACCAGGUUCACAGCCUUUGUGGAACAUUCCGUAUAACGGCAUUGUGGAAGCAAUAACUAGUUCCUAUGAAAGAACAGAGCUGGGAAGAUGGCUGGGAAGCCAGGCCAAAGUGGGGGCAACAACUUGCUUCUCUUUCUCUUCUCACCCUCAAUGUGUAUGGGAAAAUGGAGAUGUCCUCUCCACUUUAUCCCACGAUAUCUAAAUGAAAAAGAAAACCCACACACAAAGCAAAAACUCAAGUAUUAAGAGCACAUAUUUUUGACCCAGUGGAGGCUUAAAAAAAAAAAUCCAAGAACACAAUUCAUUUUCACCACCUCUGGUGUUCAGAGGGGGCUUUUAAAAAAGCGUGUAUGCUGGGAUACCCAUUAAAACCAUUUUCUAGAAGGCUACCAUGAGCUGCACUUUUUGGGGUGGGAAAGGUGAAUGCCAGUGGGGAUGCGGGGGGAUGAGGGUAGGAGGGACUUACAGAAGGGGAUUUGUGGCUGUCGGGGAGAAGGUUCUACAGCAUUAGCCUUAUCCUGCCAGCCAAGGGGAUUUAUUCUAAGAGAAGUGCAUGUGAAGAAUGGUUGCCACUGUUAUUAGAUUGACAAGAUGUUAAUUUCUCUGUAGGUUGUAACUUUAAAAAUAAAUGAAAUUAUUUAAGGGUUAUGCUGCACUAGUAUUCCUUAGAGGAAACUGUUCUUUAAAGUUAGGAAAGGGAGUAGGCAGGCAUGUGUUGGCAAAGGCUGUUAAUAGUAAAGUGUUAAGACUGCUUUUCUUUAAUGUUUUCAUGGUAAUGCAUAUUUAGAGCACUGUAUUUUUGUCUUGUUAAGAAAAUUUAGCAUUUCUAAAAGAAAAAAGCAGCCCUCUUUCAAACUGUUAAUUCUGUCACAGCCUGUAUAUUUUAGUCAUUUGUAAAUCUCUUCAUACAAUAGUGACUUCUUUUUUGACUGAUACAGUAUCUUAAUUACAAGGUUAUUUUGUACUUGUCUUAAUACACUGAGUGUAAUAAAAACGGCUUGAGAAAA